AAAACUACGCUCCUCAGAAUCCAUCGCGUCGGUGGCCUUCUUGCCGCCAUGUUGUAGGAAAUCCGCUUCUAAGAGAUUAGAGAGUUUAAUCCGAGGGAACGCGAAGAGAGGCUGGAAGAUAAAGACAGAAAUAAUAAAAAAAAAACAGCAAAAAAAAAGCAGGCAGGCCCAAGAGGAUCAAAAUACACAAAAAUAGAACAGUAGACAAACACGGUGACAUUAAAAUAAGAUAUCGAGUAAAACGGAGAGAGUAAUCACCGAAUAGCGUUUUUUUAAACUGAUUUUGUUUGUUUGCUGGGUUUAUUUUCUCUCUGUGACAGAAACUGACAGCAGUUUGAAAAAAAAAAAAAAACAAUAAAAAAACAACCAGCAUAGAAGACUAAGAAUCUUCCAAAGAAAACCAGUACGUUUAUAAAAACGGCUCACUUAAAUCACCCUAGAAACCGCGGUUUUGGAUUUUGCUGCUUGGUCGUUUUUUUUAAUUUUUAUUCUGAGAGAACAAAGUAAAGGAUUUGUAUAACGAUUUGAAAUUGCCGAGGUGAGAAAAGAUGUCUGUGAAAGACCAGAAAAAACAAUCCACAACCGAUCGGCUAGUUAAAGCCGUGCCGUUCCCUCCCACUGUCCGGCUCACUAUGAAGGAGCUGUUCGAGGACGGCAAGCCCAAGGUGGAGGUGCUCAAAAGCCACCUGGUGAAGGAGGGCCGGCUGGAGGAGGAGGUGGCCCUGAGGAUCAUCAACGAUGGGGCCGCCGUCCUACGCCAGGAGAAGACCAUGAUCGAGGUGGAGGCUCCCAUCACAGUGUGUGGUGACAUUCACGGACAGUUCUUUGACCUGAUGAAGCUGUUUGAAGUGGGAGGUUCGCCUAACAACACAAGAUACCUCUUCCUGGGCGAUUACGUGGACAGGGGCUACUUCAGUAUCGAGUGCGUGCUGUUUCUGUGGGUUCUGAAGAUCAACCACCCCAACACCCUCUUCCUUCUCAGAGGCAACCAUGAGUGCCGGCAUCUCACAGAGUACUUCACCUUCAAACAGGAGUGUAAAAUCAAGUAUUCGGAGCGGGUAUACGACGCAUGCAUGGAUGCCUUUGACUGUCUCCCGCUCGCUGCACUAAUGAACCAGCAGUUUCUGUGCGUACACGGGGGGCUGUCGCCAGAGAUCAACUGCCUGGAUGACAUUAGGAAAUUAGACAGAUUUAAGGAGCCGCCAGCCUUCGGACCCAUGUGUGACCUGCUGUGGUCCGACCCGUCUGAGGAUUACGGCAGCGAAAAGUCGUCGGAACACUUCAGCCAUAACAGCGUACGAGGCUGCUCCUACUUCUACAGUUAUCCAGCAGUUUGUGAUUUUUUGCUAAAUAAUAAUUUGUUGUCAGUAAUAAGAGCACAUGAAGCUCAGGAUGCAGGGUACCGAAUGUACAGAAAAAGCCAGACGACAGGUUUCCCCUCAUUAAUUACAAUUUUCUCAGCACCAAAUUAUCUAGAUGUCUACAACAACAAAGCUGCUGUGUUGAAAUACGAAAACAAUGUGAUGAAUAUCAGACAGUUCAACUGCUCCCCUCACCCGUACUGGCUCCCCAACUUCAUGGACGUCUUCACAUGGUCCCUGCCCUUCGUCGGGGAGAAAGUUACAGAGAUGCUGGUUAACGUCCUGAACAUCUGCUCUGAUGAUGAGCUCAUGUCAGAGGGAGACGAUACCUGUGAAGACCACCACACACCUAUUAGUAAAAAAGGUGGUACUCCAGCGGUGCGUAAAGAGGUCAUCAGAAACAAGAUCCGAGCCAUUGGCAAGAUGGCGAGAGUGUUCUCUGUGCUCAGAGAGGAGAGCGAGAGUGUGUUGCAGCUAAAGGGGCUUACUCCUACUGGAACCCUGCCCCUGGGUGUGCUGUCUGGGGGGAGACAGACCCUGGAAAGCGCCACCGUAGAGGCAGAGGAGGCACGAGCAAUCCAAGGCUUCUCCCCUCAGCACAAAAUACGCAGUUUCGAAGAGGCUCACGCGCUGGACAGGAUAAACGAGAGGAUGCCCCCGCGCAGGGACACCCUCACUCAGCCAGACGGGACGGUGAACUCCCUAAACGCAGCCAACUCUCCAGACAAGAACGGGACAGACAACCAGACACAGUAACCUGGCAGAGAGAGGGAAUGACAACAGAAAUAAAAUCGUGGUUUUAUUUAUUUAUUGACAUAAAAAUAAUACAAAAAAAAAAAAAAAGACAACAAAAA